CCUCCUGCCCCUGUUCGUUUGUGUUUCCAGGCUAAGCAUGGGGAGCAGCAUGAGGGCCAGUUCUAUAGCAUCCCCCUCCAGGAUCUGAAGACAGUAUUUCCUCAUGGCCUGCCUCCUAGGUACAUGAUGCAGGUGAAGACUUUCGGUGAAGCUUGUCUGAUGGUUAGGAAGCCAGCUCUAGAGCUUCUGGGUUACCUGAAAAAUACCAAGUUCACUCACCCUGCUGUGCGGUAUCUUCUCUAUGGGGAGAAGGGAACAGGAAAAACUCUCAGUCUUUGCCAUGCUGUUCAUUUCUGUGCAAAACAUGACUGGCUGGUUCUGCAUAUCCCGGAUGCUCAUCUUUGGGUGAAGAACUGCCGGGAGCUUCUGCAGUCCACCUACAACAGACAGCGCUUCGAUCAGCCCCUAGAGGCGUCCACCUGGCUGAAGAACUUCAAAACUACCAAUAAGCACUUCCUGAGCCAGAUAAAAGUUCAGGGGAAGUAUAUUUGGAACAAGAGGGAAAGCACUGAGAAGGGCAGUCCUCUGGGAGAAGUUGUUGAACAGGGCAUAACACGCGUGAGGAAUGCCACAGACGCCGUUGGGAUCGUGCUGAAGGAGCUCAGGAGCCAGAGUUCCGAAGGACACUUCCGCCUCCUGGUAGCAGUGGAUGGGGUCAAUGCCCUCUGGGGAAGGACCACGCUGAAAAGAGAAGAUAGGACCCUGAUUGCCCCGGAGGAGCUAUCCCUUGUCCACAGCCUAAGGAAAAUGGUGAAAAACGAUUGGCAUGGAGGUGCAAUUGUGUUGAGUUUGAGCCAAACCGGGUCUCUCUUUAAGUCCCGAGCAGCAUAUUUGCCACACGAGCUUCUGGGAAAGGAAGGAUUUGAUGCCUUAGAUCCUUUUCUUCCCAUCCUCAUUUCCAACUAUAACCCAAAGGAGUUUGAAAGUUCUUUCCAGUAUUAUCUAGAGAAUAAUUGGCUUCAGCAUGAGAAAGCUCCAACGGAAGAAGGGAGAAAGGAGCUGAAAUUCCUGAGUAAUUGCAACCCCGGCCAGCUGGAGCGGCUCUGCGCUGCCUUGUAAGCACCAGUGCCUGACACAAGCGGAGCGGCCUGACCUGCAGUGACGACAGCCGCAUUAAAGGCAGAUGUGCUCUCUAAGUGACCUGCAGUGACCUGCAGUGACGACAGCCGCAUUAAAGGCAGAUGUGCUCUCUAAGUGACCUGCAGUGACCUGCAGUGACGACAGCCGCAUUAAAGGCAGAUGUGCUCUCUCUAA